AUGGCUAAUCUUAGAUUGGGCAUAGCUCUUGGCGUGCUCACUUUGACCUUGUUGGUGUUCAUGCAACUGCUCGCUGCGCUGCACACCAGCUUCGAGAUCCCUGCGUCCAGCUUCAGUAGGAGCUUCAACCAGUGGAAAAGUCGAACGAAUGCAGCAAAGACCACGAGCAAUGACCUCUUCCUGGUGGGGGCUGGCAAGGCGGAUGUAACUGGGCCUGUGGUUGAGGUUGACUUUAACGGAUACGCGACUCUUGACCAGCUGGGAACAGGCUUGCGACAGAGACUCUACGCUCGGUCAUUCAUCUUUGCAAAUCCUAACAAGCCUGAUGACUCUUUCAUCUAUGUUGUUCUCGACACGCUUGCCGGCGACACUGCCGUUAGACAUGGGGUCCUGCAGGGACUCUCGGCGCUAGGCGGCGAUUAUGCCCACUAUGGCGAGCACAACCUUGCGCUGACAGGAACUCACUCUCAUUCCGGCCCCGGAGCCUGGAUGAAUUAUCUCCUGCCUCAAAUCCCCACUAAAGGGUUUGACAAGCAGAGCUACCAGGCUAUUGUGGAUGGCACGAUCCUAUCUAUUAAACGCGCACAUGAAAACUUGACGCCAGGCCGUCUCUCGUCCGGAUCUAUCGAGCUUGACGAUGCCAAUACCAACCGCAGCCCUUAUUCAUAUGACCAGAACCCGGAGGAAGAAAAGGCUCGAUACUCGGCCAAUGUUGACAAGACGCUGACCCUCUUGCGAUUUGAUCGCGAUUCAGAUAACAAGACUGCAGCUGUUUUGACCUGGUUCCCCGUACACGGCACUUCCAUGUAUAACAAUAACACCCUAGUCACUGGCGAUAAUAAGGGAGUUGCCGCUUACCUAUUCGAGCGCAGUGUUAAAGGCGAUGCAAGAUUUGCCGACGAUGUUGUCAUUGGCUUCUCGCAGGCCAACGUCGGAGACACAAGCCCGAACAUUCUGGGUGCAUGGUGUGAGGAUGGGUCCAACAAGAUGUGUACCUAUGCCGACAGUACUUGUGGGGGUACUAACGAGGCCUGCCAUGGCAGGGGUCCCUUUUUCCGCGAGAAGGACAACGGAGCGAAGAGUUGUUUCGAGAUCGGUAAACGCCAGUACAGCGCUGCUAAAACGCUUUAUGAGCAGAUGGAAUCCACCCCUGUUCUUACUGGUGAUGUCAGAUCGUUCCAUGUUUUCCAGGAUAUGAACGGCUACACCUUCACGUCACCGUUCAAUGGGUCUAUAUUGAAGACAUGCCCAGCAGCACUGGGCUAUUCAUUUGCAGCGGGGACUACAGAUGGACCCGGGGCGUUCGACUUUACCCAGAAUUCCACGGGCCCAUCUACCAAUAACCCUCUAUGGCUUGUCGCACGGGCAUUUAUCCAUCAACCCAGUAAAGCACAGCAGCAGUGCCAAGGAGCCAAAGACAUCCUCCUGGAUGUAGGAACCCUCACCGAGCCCUACGCCUGGGCUGCAGACAUCGUUGAUAUUCAGGUUCUCCGAGUAGGGCAGCUAUUUAUUAUCAUAUCGACUUCUGAGGCCACGACAAUGUCUGGAAGACGCUGGAAGGAGGCAAUCGCGAAGCAAGCGACAGAACUCGGGAUAUCAGAUCCCCAAGUAGUGCUGGGAGCACCGUCAAACAGCUACGCUCACUAUGUCGCGACUGAGGAAGAAUACAGCGUCCAGCGCUACGAGGGCGCAUCUACUCUCUAUGGACCAAACGAGCUUGCAGCCUAUAUCAACCUGACCCUCACCUAUCUCCCGUACCUGGGAAGCGCCUCAGAUAUAGCCAAACUACCCGAUCUCCCCGCCGGUCCCAGCCCCCCAAUCAACACGAAUAAUUCCCUCAGCUUCAUUACAGGAGUUGUCUACGAUUCAGCGCCCAUCGGCAAAUCCUACGGAGACGUGACUGCCAACCCUGGCGCUGGGCCCUUCAAGCCAGGCGACACGGUCAAUACAACAUUUGUCGGCGCCAACCCCCGCAAUGACCUCCGCCAGGAAUCGACCUAUGCCGCGGUGGAAAUGAAGAACGCUGAAACUGGUGAUUGGGAAGUUGUACGCAACGACCACGACUGGAAUCUGGUGUUUAAUUGGAAGCGAACCCAUUUCAUUCUCGGAUAUAGUGAAGUCACGAUUCAAUGGAACAUCGAAGAUGACUACUAUGGUGUGGAUGAUCCGAAACCCGUGCAGAGUGGCACAUAUCGACUGCACUACUAUGGGGAAUCCAAGAAUGCGCUAGGGCAGAUCUCGUCGUUUGAGGGGAUUGGAGCGAGCUUUACAGUGGCUACCUAG